GCCAGCGCGGCCAGCUGCUCAAUUUGGAGCUCACUGCUCGGAGCCUUGAUGGGGGCGCAGAAAUAUUUGGAAACAUAAACAAAAACAGAAAUGGUGACACAAAAAGUGACUUUUGCCGGUACAAAAUCGAAGGAAAGCUACAAGCUGAUUCAGUGGAAGGUGAAGCCUGGAGAUUAGGUCUCCAGUGGCAAAAUCAUCCUGCAUUAUUCUAAGGCUUCAGAGGAGCAGGAGGCGUCUGGAGACGAUGUUGAAAAACUCAAAGCCACCAAAGUCGGCACUGUGGUCAAAAUUCUCAUCAAAGAGGGAGACCUCUUUAAGCUUGGAGAUGAAAUCAUGGAAAUGGAAAUGUGUUCUCACCCUACGGUGAUGCGCGACCUGUGUGCCGAGUGUGGAGCAGACUUAAGCAACGAACAACAGACAGCUUCCGUGCCGAUGGUCCAUUCAGUUCCUGAUCUCAAAGUCAGCGUUGAGCGAGCACAGCAACUUGGAAAGGUGGAUGAGAAGAGGCUGCUCAAAGACAGAAAGCUGGUAUUACUGGUCGAUUUGGACCAAACUUUGAUUCACACAACUAACGACAAUGUACCUCCAAAUUUAAAGGAUGUGCAUCACUUUCAACUGUACGGGCCACACUCUCCGUGGUACCACACUCGACUGAGGCCUCUGACAGCCAAAUUCCUGGAGAGCAUGUUCAGCCUCUUUGAACUGCACAUUUGCACCUUUGGCGCAAGACUUUACGCACACACAAUUGCUAAAAUGCUUGAUACUGAUGAACGGCUUUUCUCUCACCGCAUAUUGUCUCGAGACGAGUGUUUUGACCCUCACUCGAAAACAGCAAAUCUCUCGGCACUUUUUCCCUGUGGUGAUCACAUGGUGUGCAUCAUUGAUGACCGAGAGGAUGUUUGGAAUUUUGCGUCUAAUGUGGUAGCCGUCAAGCCAUACCACUUCUUCCAACACACUGGAGACAUUAAUGCUCCUCCUGGUUUAGAUAAACACGAGCAAGACGGAUCUGGUUGUGUCCCUGAAGUACUGGUUGAUAAAAACACAAAGUCUACAGAAGAUCCCAAGCUAUCUGAGAAAUCGGAAGAGAAAACUUCUGAAAUCAAAGAGCUUAAAUCUUCUGAAGACGUUAAAGAUGAAGAGAAAGGCGUUGGAGAAAUUGAAAAAGAAGAGAAGGAAAAAGAAGAGAAGGAAAAAGAAGAAUGUAAGAUUGAAGAUGAGAAAAGUAAGGGAGACGGCUCAGAGACCAAACUGGACAGGGUGGCAAAUGAGGAGAAAGUCGAAAAAAUUGAAAUUGACGACCCUGAUGACUACCUUAUUUAUUUAGAGGAGAUUUUAAAAUCAGUCCACGCAGCUUUCUACAAGGAGUACGAUGAGACUGGUCAAGUACCUGUCAUGCGAGACGUGAUCCCAAAAAUCAGAAGCAAAGUGCUGGAAGGUCAGCGAAUUGUGUUCAGUGGUGUGGUGCCUACCCACGUAUCAGUCAACAACAGCCGCUACGCACAAAUGGCCCGAAAAUUAGGAGCCACUGUUGCUGAACAGGUUGUUGCAGGAGAGACAACUCAUUUGGUAGCGGCAAGACACGGAACAGCCAAGGUCAACGAGGCGCGUAGAGCAGGAUCAGGCAUUCAAGUGGUGUCACCAGAGUGGCUUGUGUGUUGUUCAGAGAGAUGGGAGAGAGUUGACGAGAGACUUUUUCCUAUACCAAAGUCACCAAAAAGAGUUUUGCCUGAAAGACACUUGAGACUGAGCAGCAGUAUGGCUGAGUCUUACAACCCUCUUCUGGUCCUUUCGUCCGACGACCUGAAGUCCAUGGACCAGGAGGUGGACGACAUUUGCAACGAAACAGACGAUGAGUCGGCUAUGGAUCGUGACUCGGACACCGACGACCAAGACGAAGAGACGCUGGGUGAGGACUCGUUGAAAAAUGACUUCAAUUCGUUUGUGGACGACUUCAAGACGGACGACGAGGAGAGUCAAGACGAUGUUUCUAGAAGUCGGAAGAGGUCAAGUCAAGCAGGCGAAGAGGAAGAGCCGAAGCUGAAGUUACCAAAAGACUCUAAUGACUCGCUUAACGGCACUUACGACACAGACUCUGAAAGUAGUGAAGUGGAAGGGGACCUGAGUGAAAUGGGACUGGCACUUGAAAGGGAGUUUCUCUCUGACUAGGAAAUAAAUUUUAAGUCUGUUUCAAAACUUCAAAGCUUUUAUAAAUGUGUCUCUUGGCACGUCUAAAUUUCCAGCUAGCCUC